AUGUUUUUCUUAUAUUUAUUAAGUAUAUUUUCAUUGAUUGUUCAAGCUAUAUUCGUCACAUUGGCUAUAGCGGCUGGUCUGUAUUAUCUAGCAGAAAUAGUUGAAGAGUACACAGUAAUGGCCAAAUAUGUCAUCAGUUGGAUGGUAAUUGCAACUUCAACAAUCCACAUCGGUCUAUUAAUCUUCGAGGACUUUCCUUUAUACCUGAAUGUCAUAGGGCUUGUACAGCAGGCUCUCCAUGGAUUCUUGCUGAAGGACUUCCCCGUAGUCAGAGUGACAAGUCUCACAUUUAUGACAGCUGUUGUGACAUUAGUGGUGCACCAUUAUAUGGCUUUUAAAUUCUUUGGAGCUGUGUAUUAUACUUUUUCAGAGGUGUUAGCGUACUUUACGCUGUGUUUAUGGGUGGUGCCGUUCGCGCUCUUCGUGUCGCUAUCAGCGAACGAUUACGUUUUGCCCAUAACUGGGGAAACGCAACCGUUACUAGGUGACAGCAACGUUCUGACAGACUAUUUGUCCAGAAAGUCGAAGAAGUACAGCCUACUUUCUUUCUUUAGCUUUGCAAAGGACUCCAUACUCCCUCAACGUAACAAGAAAGCAUUUUGA